AUGGAUCAGUUAAGUGAUCGGAUUGCUUUAUAUGCAAUCUAUAUACCUCUUCUCCGGGUCCAAAUUCCAUCAUUCGUACGAACAUGGAACCAUCAUCGAAUUCGGAACCAGCCAAAUCGUCCGCAUCUGGUACCCGGCAAGCCUUAUAUGAAUUAUAACUUCCCAGCUACUGGUGUUGAGAACCAGGGAAUCAAGUUUAAUAUAGAAAUAUUCAAGCGCUUGCAAGAAGAUGUCCAAGACUGGGAUGUAGAUAAAUAUCUGCUACCUGAGACAUACUACUGGACUUGA